AUGGUAGGAGCAAUAUCUGUUAUUGGUUCAUCAAUGAUGGACUCACACACUGGUCCAUGUUUGUGUGUGGAUUCUCUUCCAACCACAAAUGUGAAGAGUGGUUGUGGAGAUGUGGUUUUGUGGAAGAAUUUGAUGGGAAGGAAGCGUUCGGCGAGUCGCGGCGGUAGGAGUAUGGGGUUGAGCAGUUCUUUUACUGAUCCGGGAAGAGAAUGGAGGCUCAAGUUUAGCAGAAGCUGUAUGAAGCAAAGCAGUAAUGAUAGGAGAGUUACCAUUGUUAGUGAACUUGGUGGUCAGUAUGAUGAUACUUUUGAGGAUGUUAAAACGCAAAUGCUCAACUAUUUCACGUACAAAGCUGUGAGGACUGUUCUUCAGCAGCUGUAUGAGAUGAAUCCACCUAAAUAUACUUGGUUUUAUAAUUUUGUUGUAUCAAACAAACCGGCAGAUGGAAAACGUUUUAUCCGAAUGCUCGGGAAGGAACAACAAGAGCUUGCUGAAAGAGUGAUGUUAACUCGGCUUCACCUCUAUGGCAAAUGGGUCAAGAAAUGUAAUCAUGCUGAGAUAUAUAAACAAAUAUCUGAUGAAAACUUGGAGUUGAUGAGGGAAAGACUCAUAGAGACAGUAAUAUGGCCAUCAGAUGACAGCAACACAGAAAAGAUUGGUUGA